UUCUUCUUAUUGGGAAAAAAAAACCUUGUUUUUUUUUUCCCUCUCCCAAUCUUUCACUCAAUCUUUCCACGGCGCAUUUUCUAGGCCUUUGGAAUCCACCAGUUCCAAAGGCUCCAAGCUCACCACGGCUCUCGUAGCCUCGCGUUUCGUUCUUCGUCACAUUGUAUCUCCGAGACGUCCCCGCGACACUCUUAACAACAUUCCCCCUCCUGCUGGUGUCGACUCCCGUGUUUCCGUUCGGUGCUCCUCCUUUUAACCUCCUGACGCCCACGCCGCUCAUCCCCUCUUUUCUUGAGCUGCCGCAUAGGACUUCUCUGAAGGUUCUUCCUCUCAAGGAGGAAGGGUCUAGGAGGCUUGGUCCAGUCAACUUCGGUUGCGAAUCUUUUCGCCCUCCCUAACACGCAGUCGCGUUAAAGACACUCAACUUUUUUUUAUUACUUUACUUUUUUUCAAAGACCUAUUCCGUGCUCCGUCGCAGCGCGCAUGGUUAUGGCACCGACUGCUUGUGUACCUGCUGAAGUAUGCACUCCUAAAUACUACCAGGAGAAACAAGACCAUAAUCUCAAUUGGGAUCAUGGUCAAUUCAGCAAUCAUGGAGGGGACGACAUAUCGCAAUCCAGGUUGGCUGCCAAGGAACUAGUCUUGGACAUCCUGAAGAAGCGCGCAGCCGAGGUCAAUGUGGACAGCUGCGCGCCGGGUGAGGAGGACGCGUUUUACGUGGCAGAUAUGGGGGAGAUCUACCGCCAGCAUCUGCGCUGGAAAAUGAACUUGAGCCGUGUUCGGCCUUUCUACGCGGUCAAGUGCAACCCGGACCCGGAGAUCCUUCGCCUCAUGGCUAAACUCGGAAACGGUUUUGAUUGUGCGUCCAAGGCCGAGAUCGACAUGGCCCUUGACACCGGCAUCGACCCGAGCCGCAUCAUCUACGCGCAGCCCUGCAAGACCAAGUCCUAUCUGCGCUACGCGGCCCAGGUGGGCGUCAAGCAGAUGACUUUCGACAACGCCGAUGAGCUGUACAAGAUCAAGGCCAACUACCCGGACGCUGAGCUUUAUCUGCGCAUCCUUACGGAUGAUUCGAACAGUUUGUGCCAAUUCAGCAUGAAAUUCGGAGCUUCCCUGGACGUUGCUCGCCAGCUCCUCGAAUUGGCGUACCAGCUCGAGCUCAAGGUUGUCGGCGUGAGCUUUCACGUCGGAUCGGGCGCUGAGGAUCCUAAGGCUUUCCUGAAGGCCGUGCAGGACGCGCGCCUCGUGUUCGACCAAGCCGCAGAGAUUGGCCAUGAACUGCACACUUUGGAUGUCGGCGGAGGUUUCUCCCAGGACACGUUCGAGAAAUUCGCCGGCGUUCUGAGCGAGGCGUUGGACACCUACUUUCCGCCUAGCAUCCGGGUCAUUGCCGAACCGGGUCGCUACUAUGUUGCCAAUGCGUUCACUCUGGCAGCCAACAUCAUCGCUCGCCGUGAGGUGCGCGACCCGGAGGACCCGACCAACGACGCCUAUAUGCUGUAUCUCAACGACGGGGUGUAUGGAAAUUUCUCCAACAUCAUUUUUGACCACCAGCACCCCGUGGCUCAGGUCCUGACCUGCGCAUCGGCCGCGAACUCCCCUUAUGCUGCGACUUCGGGGGGUGUCACGUACUCCAUCUGGGGGCCGACCUGUGACGGCAUUGACGUUAUCUCCAAGCGCAUUGAGCUGCCAGCUCUGCUGGAAGUUGGAGAUUGGCUUUACUUCGAGGAGAUGGGAGCCUACACCAAGUGUAGCGCGACCCGCUUCAACGGCUUUUCGGACAACCACGAGGUGAUUUACAUCUCCAGCGAAGCCGGGGCUUCUGCGCUCCUCGAGUACUAGAUUUACUAUUGUUUGAUAUCUUUUUUGGCUUCUAUGUUUGGUACCUAUAUGUUGCUCUACUUAGUAGGUCGCUCGUUGACUUGCUUUGUUAAUAAAUGUGUUCGUGUGCUUUUAGAGUAGAUUUCGGGUCGAAAUACAGUGUGCAGAUUACUGAAGUGUCU